AUGAAUAACUACAAUCCUCCCGCGCCUCCCGUCCAAACCCCAUUCGAGCCAUUCAACCCGGACGCCAUUAAAGUCACACUGCACGACUCAAAACUGUGGAAAGCGUUUCAUGUACUGGAUAACGAGAUGGUGACUCUCCCCAACGGACGCCAAAUCUUCCCCACUCUCCACUACGGCGUAUCCGGUCUCCCGCACUCGGCAAAUUACAUUUUUGGGCUGAAACUCCAACGUGUCAACAAGAAUUUUUUGAUGGAAUACAGAGGUGGCGAGUGGAAAGAGACUGGGAAAAGUGUGAAGGCAGAUUUGGAGAGUAAUGAGAUAUUUGCUGGUGUGAUGGGCGGAGGUGUCAAUUUCAAAAAUGCUAGGAUCCAGAGCGUCAGAAGAUAUAAUACAAGAGGAAAGGAUAAAGAAGAAUCACAAAAACCAAAGGCAGAUCAAAACAAGGAUAUUUCGCUCUUUGUCACCAGCCACUGCCGUUACACUCCCAUACUAUCAGUCUACUAUAUGCAGUCUACCGAGAAGAAAUUCCUAAAAUCAUUCGUGUUUAAGGAGACACAAUUCGUUGUGGUCACUGGCUACAAGAACGAAGCUGUCAGAAAGUUGAAAACGAACAAGAAUCCAUUCGCUCGGCCGGAUUAUAAGGAGGAUUAUAAGGAGGAUGCUGCGGAGAAUUCAGAAAAGGAUUCAACAUUGGAUUCAGGAAUUUCGUCGAUGAAUAGCACAGUGGCGUCGUCAAUUGAGUCACCAACUUCUAGAAGGGAUUCAGGAGUCUCUUCUCAUUCUCAGAAUCAAUAUCAGUUUUGGGGCUCAUCGAUAACUCCAGGACCGUUAAUUAAAAAGGAGCCCACUCCCGAAAAUUCUAGAUUCGAUAUGAAUUACACUUCCGGAGGAGCGUCAACAUCUGAUUCUCAGAGUCAAUAUCAGUUUUGGAACUCAUCGGUGACUCCAGGACCAUCCAGCGGAGUUGAAAUGGAACCCAUUCCCUUAAUAUGGAUCUGA